AUGAUGAGGUCUCGUGUGGUGUCCUCCCUCAUUGUGGACAGAAUUUGUGCAAAACCAGAGCUAAAGCCAGUUGAGAUUAUACACGAGUUCAAAGAUUAUUAUGGUAUAGACAUUUCAUACUACCAGGCAUGGUUUGGCAAAGAGUUAGCUAAAUUGGACGUUCACAGUGAUGAGUCAAAGUCCUUCAACGAGUUAGUGUGGUAUGCGGACGCCGUAAAGGAAACUAACACUGGUUCUCUCUGCACUCUUGAUUGUGAAGCUGGAAUUAAUCGCUUUCGAGGGUUUUUUGUGUCUUUUGGCGGUUGCAUUGCUGGAUUUCAAUAUUGCAUACCCUUGUUGUUCAUUGAUGCUACGUUUUUGAAGAGCAAGUACAAGGGGCACCUUCUCUGUGCUUCGAGAAAGAAUGGAAAUCAAGCUUUUGGAGUUGUUGAUUCUGAGACAGAGGAGAAUUGGACUUGGUUUCUUCAACAUUUGGCUUCUAUAUUGCUACCGAUGGGGAGAGUGGUGACCUUUUUCUCGGACCGCAAUCAAGGUUUGUUAAAUGCAAUGGGGUUUGUGUUUCCCGGAUGGCCUCAUUCUUACUGUUAUUAUCACCUCAGACAGAAUUUGAUAUCAAAGUACCCGAAGUCAGGUUAUGGGAAACUGCUCCAAGACCGUGGUAUCAAUUUAUGUAGUAGAUGCGCAUAUGCUGUUACGGAGGAAGAGUUUAAGGUAGCAAUGGAGGAGUUGGUGAUUGUUGGGAGUUCGAAAGUGAAGGCAUUUAUAUCUGAUUUGUCUAGAGAUCACUAUGCCAACGCAUUUUUCAAAGGAAUGCGUUAUGGGGAGAUGGCAAACAGUUUAGCGGAGUCCUUUAAUAAUUGGGUUGGUGUGUUUCGAGAUUUGCCGGUGCUACCUUUGAUAGAAGGGAUUCGACAGAAAUUGAUGGUAUUGAAUUCUCAACGACGAAUUGAAGCGGAGAAGUGGACAACAGUUUUGUGUCCGGAGAUGGAAACUAGACUCUGUGAAAAUGCGGAGGCCGGUAGGACUUGGGCAGUUCGUCGUUCUAAUUGCACUGUUUUUGAAGUAUUUGCUGAUUAUUCUGUGAUGGUUGAUCUCGAGCAAAGGACUUGUUCUUGCCGUCUUUGGCAAAUUGACGGUUUUCCUUGCACACAUGCGGUGGCUACAAUCCUAGCAAAGAGAGAUUCAGUUUAUGAUUACGUGGAGUGUUACUACAAAACCGACUUUUUUCGAAAAGCCUAUGAGAGUCCUAUUUUUCCUAUUCCAGAUAUUGGGAAAGGAUUGGGCAGCAAUGGUUCUGCAGCUGGAGUUGUGCUUCCGCCAAUUACAAAGAGGCCAGCCGAAAGACCACCAACAAAGAGGAUCAAAGUUUUUGGUGAAUUUAAAAGGCCAUUGAAAUGCAGUCGGUGCAGUGUUGCUGGGCACAAUAGGAAGACUUGCAAGGCUAUUAUAUGA